AUGCUCCUCCUGCAGCCACAGCGCCCGGCCCGUUGGCCUCGCCCUCGCUCCUUUUCAUUAAGAAAUAAAACACGCUGGAACGUGAGCGGCGGAGGCGACGCAGAUGGACCAAAAUAAACCUGCAGUCAAUUAGAGUCAGCACAAUAGGCUUUCUGUCCCGAGGAGGCGGAGGAGAAACGGCGAACAGAGUCGUUUUACGGCGGUUAUUUACUGCCUUAUAACUCCGAAAUCAAAUUAGUUCAUAUUGAGGAGGUCGAGCCGCAGUCCGCCAUGAUUGAUUUCCCUUCACGGGGUCGAGCUGAUACGAGCGAGCCGGGGCCAAAGAAAGCAAGAGCCGAGCCCAGAGUCCGUCCUGGAAACAGCUCCAGGAUCAGGACCGCAGCAGGAGGAGGAGGAGGAGGAGGAGGAGGAGGAGGAGGAGGAAGUUUUCACAUCAUUUACUAUCAAAACCACAGAGUGAAAGUUCUGCGUUAG